AUGAUUUCAGCGAAUGUCACCGAAACCCGCGUUAUCAAGGAAGAGUUCUCGGCACCAGCCAAGUCCUGGGAAACCAUUCGAGAUGCAAAGCGAGAGGAACAAAUUUCGAGGAUUCCUGUACCUUGGAGACUCGAGGCUGCACAGUACCCUUCUAAAGGGACUAUGGAUAUGCGACCGAUGGCUGCUACAUCUGGGAUCCUCUCAGAGAGAGAACUUGAAAUCACGGGUGAGGGGUACGAUGCCACGGCUCUAGCCGCUGAGAUUGCCAAGGGCACCUAUACUGCUUUCGAGACGGUGACAGCAUUUUGUAAACGCGCUGCCAUAUGCCAGCAGCUCUGCAGCGCACUGACUGAGAUCUGUUUCGUCGACGCAAUUGAGAAGGCGAAGAAGCUUGAUGAUCAUUUCAAGGAGACUGGUAAGACUGUGGGGCCUUUGCAUGGCCUUCCGAUGACCUUCAAGGAGUGCUUCCAUGUCAAAGGGUAUGAUGCGUCCAAUGGUUACAUUUCCCGAUGUUUUGAUCCUUCAACCACAACCACCCCCGUUAUUCAGGUGGUGGAGGAUGCAGGAGCUAUCAUCAUUGCAAAGACCAAUGUUCCACAAACUAUGCUUGUUGCUGAAUGCGAGAACAAUGUUUUUGGACGAACCCGCAACCCAAUUGCCAGUCACUUGUCAUGUGGUGGCAGUAGCGGCGGUGAAGGUUCGCUUUCAGCUUUCAGGGGAAAUGCAUUAGGCGUCGGGACCGACGUAGGCGGGUCCAUCCGACUCCCUGCUGCCUACAACAAUGUCUAUGGCUACAAACCGUCACUCGGUAUUCUUCCAUUUAUCGGCUACGCCGCGUCUGGGUGGACUGGAGUCAAUACUGGAAUUCCGGCUGUUUUAGGACCCAUUGCCCAUUCAGUACGCGAUAUGAAACUACUCACAGAAGCCAUUCGUGCAGCACAGCCAUGGCUGUUUGAUCCAGCCGUGAUACCCGGCGUGAUGGAAACGCCUUACCCUCCACUGGGCCGGAGGCCUAUAGUUGGUAUUCUUCACCAGUCUGGUGUCACGCCUCAUCCUCCUGUUCGUCGCGCCCUCCGAGAGGCACAGCUCAAAGUCGAGGCUGCGGGAUAUGAAGUCAGAGAUUUCACGCCUACCUGCCCGGACUUCAAAGAAAUUCGGGAAAUCUCUAGCCAAUUGUUCACUGUGGAUGGGAGUUCCUACCCACGACGAGAACUGGCAAAAGCAGGCGAGCCAGUCGUACCCUCGGUGACUAAUUUUGGCUUCUUUGAUAUGCCUAGAAAGACACACGAGGAGAUGUGGCAGUGGAACACCAAGAAAGGUGCCAUGCAGAAGAAAAUGUUGGAUGCCUGGCAGCAGCUAGGAAUUGAUGUGCUAAUUGCACCGGCCGCGCCACACACUCCGAUUACGCCAGAUAAUUGCACCUCCGAGUUGUAUACGGUGGCUUGGAAUGCUGUUGAUUAUCCCGCGGUUAUUAUCCCGUUCACGAAAGCGGAUCCUACACUCGACCCAAAGGAUGACGAAUUCAAGCCAAAGCAUGACAUGGACCAGAAGAUUCAAGACAUGUAUGAUCCGGAGCUUAUGGCUGGUGCUCCUGCCUCCCUGCAAAUCGUCGCCCCGAGACUACAAGACGCAGCCUUGUUAAGAUACGCCGAAAACUUAGAUAAAGUUUUGAAUGGUGUCAACUAA